AGUAGAUGGCAGCACAUAGUGAACGAACGUUUUAAGGUUCUCUCUUUUUGGUCUAUCGUGUGGGUAAUAUAAAAAUGGGAAGAAGACCGGCGCGUUGUUACCGCUACUGUAAAAACAAGCCUUACCCCAAGUCACGUUUCUGUCGUGGUGUUCCUGAUCCAAAAAUUAGAAUCUUUGAUCUGGGAAGAAAAAAAGCGAAGGUGGAUGAAUUCCCUUUGUGUGUCCAUCUGGUGUCCUAUGAAUUUGAACAACUGUCUUCUGAAGCACUUGAAGCAGCUCGGAUCUGUGCUAACAAGUAUCUUGUUAAGACUUGUGGGAAAGAUGCUUUCCACAUGAGAGUUAGAUGUCAUCCUUUCCAUGUGCUUAGAAUUAACAAAAUGUUGUCAUGUGCUGGUGCUGAUAGAUUGCAGACUGGGAUGCGUGGAGCUUUUGGGAAACCUCAAGGUACAGUGGCUCGAGUUAAUAUAGGUCAGAUCAUCUUUUCUGUCCGGGCCAAAGAACAGCACAAGGAAAAUGUCAUUGAAAGUUUGAGGAGAGCCAAGUUUAAAUUUCCCGGUCGUCAGAAGGUGUACGUUUCACGUAAAUGGGGUUUCACCAAAUGGGAUCAAGCCGAUUAUGAGAAAAUGCGGGCAGAGGGAAGACUGAAGCCAGAUGGGUUCUACUGCAAAUAUUAUUCCAACCAUGGCCCGUUGUCAGAAUGGAAGAAGAUGCAAAGAGAAGUUCGUGGGAUGGUUUAAAACAUUUUCAGUACUGUACAUGUAGGAUUUAUUCCCACAGUAAUUGAUAUUUGUGCAGUGUCUAAUAAAAGAUUCAGUUGAAAAUGUA